AUGUCGGGCCUUGAGAUGAUGAUCCAUGCUCGAACAUGGCCCAUAUGUGUCAGCAUUAAGCACUGGACCAUAGUGCGUGACUCCUGUUUGGUGCCUGAGAUUUGGGUGGUGAUAUUGAUGUCAAUACCAUAUUACAACAACUACCAGAUUGUGAAUUUGGGCUAUCACUACAUGGAAGAUUUGACACAGACAAAUACGGGUGUGUAUUGGAGACUGAUGAUGAUGGUAGCACAUGAUGAUAAUGGAAAGAUAGCUGAGUUUAACAGUCAAACACACACGCUAGAACCUCUUACAAUGAGAGUUUCGGCUCAGAAUGAUAACUCUGGGAAGGAGAGUAGCUCCACGUCGUCGUUAUCAGCGGCGCCGGGGCCGUCAGAGUCCAAAACGGAGAAGCGCAACCGGGACUCGAACAAGCACCCGGUGUACCGAGGGGUGCGCAUGCGGAACUGGGGAAAAUGGGUGUCGGAAAUCCGCGAGCCGCGGAAGAAAUCGCGAAUAUGGCUGGGCACAUUCCCCACACCGGAAAUGGCGGCGAGGGCGCACGACGUGGCCGCGCUGAGCAUAAAGGGGAACAACGCCAUCCUUAACUUCCCCGAACUCGCCGCCUCGCUUCCUCGUCCGGUGUCGUUAGCCCCUCGCGACGUGCAAGCCGCGGCGGCAAAAGCGGCUCACAUGGACUUCCCUCCUUCAUCCACGUCAUCAUCAUCAUCAUCAUCAUCAUCCUUGGUCUCAACAACUUCCUCCUCCUCGUCUCUAUCCUCGUUGACUUCAACCGCGGACUUGUCCACUGCGUCGGAGGAACUGAGCGAGAUCAUCGAGUUGCCGAGGUUGGAAGCGAGUUACGAGCUGGGAAACGAGUUUGUGUACGCAGACUCGCAGGACACGUGGCUGUAUCAGCCACCGAUACCGUGGUUGCAAGCCACGUACGAUGCUUCUCAUGGCGAUGAUGAUAUUGCAGGGCCAGAGACUGGGCUUGUCACUAGUUUUGAAAGUUUUCUCUGGGAUUACUGA